CGGGCCAUGGAGCUGCCUCCCAGCCACUUCCCGGCCGCCCGGGCCGCGGCCGUGGCCGUGGGGUACCUGCGGUACCUGCGGGGCGGCCCCGGGCGGGGGCUGGAGCUGCGGGAGCUGCGCCGCGCCCGGCGCCAGGACAUUGAUGAUGUGGGGCACAAGUACUACCUGGAACUGGAGCUGGAGGAUGUCCUGGACAAAGACAGGACUGUGAACUGCACUGCUGAGGUUCUGUAUCACCUGGGCAGCAAAAACUCCGCUCCAGAUGUGCAGGUCACAGUGCAAGGAGAGCUCAGGAGCACAGAGGAAGCAGACAAGGAGUUCUACAAUUGGAUCAGGAGCCUGGAAAAGGAGCUUGUGGCUGAGAACAUCCCAGACAGCCACGGGAACGUUCCCCCAGAGCUGGAGCCCAUCCACCUGCUGGCCUGGGUGGCCUCUGGCUACGUGAUCUGGCAGAAUUCCACCGAAAACACCAAGUUCCACCUUGCCCAAGUUAAACACGUGAAGCAAGUGAAAAGAAGUGAUGAAGAUCUUCAGUUUGACUUUGUGGUUCUACUCCAUGAAAUGGUGUCCCAGAGACACACGUUACCACGGAAUGUGGCCAGCCAUUUUCCAUAUUCCAUAGGAAUCCUGAAGUGCUGCUCUCUAAGUAGCAAACAACUUAUUUGCUUAAAUCUCUGCACUUUUUCUUCUCUGACUCCCUCAUGUCCCAUUGUUUCCAAGUGCAGGAUUUUUCCCUGAAAGUAUUUCAGUUAAGCCAACAAUGCCCCAGAUGUUCAAGUUUUAACUAUGAAAACCAGGAAUACUUGAGGUCCAGAACCCAACCUGAAGUUCCAAAUGGGCAGCACUUGUGGAUUUUAUGGUUGAAGCCUUUUUUUAAAAAAAAGAAGUUAAAUUUCAAUUGAAGUUAAAUAUAAACUGCUUUCCAGUAUG